AAAAUGGCAUUAUCGUAGGAGGGUCUGGACUGAUUUUGCAACGCAUCGAAAGUCAGCUGCCUAUACCCAAAAUCUGUUGAUGUUAACAUCAUCUGUUGUCCACGAGGUCUGAUAGCUGCCUGCAUUGCCUUAGCUUUCGUGACUCUGGAAACACUUUAAUCUAUGGCCGCUGGAUCGUCGCACUGAGAAGGCCGCAAAGGAACUCCAGCUGGAACAGCAUCAUCGGUGCUUGAUUGUUGAUAACAGAUCGUCCCAAUUCUCAAGCAUCCCUUCAACGCAACUUCGGAAGCGUAGAAGAUAUUACUGGUGAAAAGACCCGCUCAGAAGAGUCAGGGUGGCGUGCCUAUGUAGAGUUUGUUCUGGUGCCUCACCUCUAGCACCCUGAGGCACAUAUCAAAGCAGAAGCAUCGACUCAAGGAUGGGCUGGAGAGCUUGUGAGCGGUGACAUGAGCUCGCCAAACAUUCGCCAGAAGUCCCCAGUGCCCAGGCCAUCUCCCGAGGGAGUGCAGCUGGCCAGGCAUUCACCCAACAAAGCAGUCUCAGCAGCUGUGCCGCUUGCUGCUCGGCUGGUGGAUGGCACACCCACAGUGUCGUUCAGGCGCUUCAACUGCACGGUGUUUGGAGUGCUGGGCAUCAUCUUCUUCAUCUACUUUACAGUUGUCCUCUGCGUGAUCCUGCCCUGGCUGAGCUAUUCAGUGCCCGGCGUGCUCAACUUGGGCUUCCUCUCCGUAGACACUGGCAUUGCGCUCUACUGCUUCCUGCUCUGCGUUGUGGUCGACCCCGGCAGGGUGCCACCGGACUAUGCGCCGGACCCGGAGGCAAAUGUGGUACUGCAGGUCAAGCGGAAGAGCGGCGAGGCGCGGUUCUGCCAGAAGUGCGGCCGCCACAAACCGCCGCGCGCGCACCACUGCCGCGUGUGCCGCCGCUGCGUCCUGCGCAUGGACCAUCACUGCCCCUGGAUCAACAACUGCGUCGGCCACGCCAACUACAAGGCCUUCAUGCUCUUCCUUAUCUGUGCGCUGUCCCUUCUCUUAUCUCCCAUGCCUUGUUGCAUUCCUUCACAUGUUGCGGCUAUUCCUCAGGUUGAGCCAGGCACGUCUUCUGCAUCCGGGCCUCGGUGA